CUGUGAAAACUGAAAAGAUACAUCGCUAAUAGUUUGUAUUUAUUCUACGACGUUAUAAAUUCAGCGCGGUGAAUAAUUGGGAUUUUAUUUAUUAUAAGGCUUUUAUGUUAUUUAAUUUACCUUAACGAUAAUUGAAAUGAAAACAGAGUGUAGUGAUAUCAUAACCUCAAAGUAGUGUGUAAACUUUAACAAUAGGAUUUGUUUGUGAGACGCCUUCGUGAUGGCCUUACAGCUAUCUAGAAGAGAAGUUGAAGACUUGAGGUCGUCUAUAGACCGGGCCAUAUAUAGAACUAUCGGAAAAUCUGAUAGUUCUUUACUAUCUACGGUCUCUUCUUGUUUAACAAAUGGGUAUGAACGGCGAAAGAUAAUCGAUAGAAUAUCGUCUCAUAUUGACUCAAAGAAAGCAAGCAAACUUGCUGAUAAAGUUAUAGCUUUGGCUCAAGAACUGAUAUCGUCAUCGAAAUCACAAAAACGGAAACAUGAAAGUAAUGAUAAAGACAAAGAUAACAAAAGGUCACGUCAUGAUGAUAAACAUGAAUCUCGUGAUGAAAGAAGGGAAAGACAUGACAGAGAUAAGGAGAGGGAGAAAGAUAGAGAUGAUAAAGAGAAAGAUAAUGGAUUGGAAAUACCUUCUAUAAUACCUGAGGAUGGGACUGUUGGCUCUAAGAUGGCUGGUUUGAGUGCAGAUAAAAUUAAGCUUAUGAUGGCCAAUGCACAAAAAGAAAUUGAGGAAAGAAAGCGAGCGCUAAUGGCUAUAAAAGGAGACAAGGGAAAUGUUAAUGUUGCAGCUCAAACCGCUAAACAGAUAAACAACCAGAUGCAAGGUUCUAUAGCUCCACCUAGUGUCAUCAAGCCGAUGCUGUAUUCGAGGCCUUUAACUGGAGUCAUAUCGGCAGCGGAAUUGGAGAAGCAGCAGAAAAUAGCGGAGUUACAAGCGAGAAUACAGAGGAAAUUGGCUGGAGGCGCUCUGCAGCCUGGUUUGUCGGGACCAGCUCCGUUGAUUCUUGAUAGAGAGGGACGGACUGUGGAUCCAGCCGGUAGGAGAGUACAUUUGACGCAAGUUGCACCGACAUUAAAGGCGAAUAUUCGAGCGAAGCGUCGGGAGGAGUUCAAAGCUCAGCUCUCGGGUCAAGCAGCCAGCGAUGUCCCCGUGGAGGCGCCAUGGAUGGACUCCAGGGUGCCGAGCAAAGCUCCCAUUAGGCUCAAGAGGGCCCUGCGAUUCCAUGAACCAGGGAAAUUCAGGCAGAUGGCUGAGCGAUUGAGGAUGAAAGCGCAACUGGAGAAAUUGCAGAAUGAAAUAUCGCAAAUAGCAAGAAAGACGGGUAUAUCUUCGGCAACCAAGCUGGCCCUGCUCGCGUCUGAUGUGCCAGAUUCUGAUAGAGUUCCCGAUAUUGAAUGGUGGGACAGUGUUAUACUAAUGACACCUGAAGAGCGUGAGUCCAGACGUAAAACCCCAGAGACAGACGAACGGACGGACUUACAACGGGUCGAGGAUUGCAAUAUUGGUGAUGACGAUAUUGUUGAUAAUCUAAAUGCUGAUGCCAUCACAAAUCUUGUUGAGCACCCACAACAGUUGAGGCCGCCAACUGAACCCCUAAAACCCACGUAUAUGCCAGUAUUUCUUACAAAGAAAGAGAGGAAGAAGUUAAGGAGACAGAGUAGGAGAGAAGCAUGGAAGGAGGAACAGGAGAAAGUGAGACUUGGAUUGGAAGCGCCUCCAGAGCCUAAACUAAGGAUAUCGAAUCUGAUGCGAGCGCUUGGCACGGAAGCGGUCCAGGACCCGACAGCUAUUGAGGCGAAAGUACGAGAGCAAAUUGCGAAGAGACAGAAGACACAUUUGGAGGCGAAUAAGGCGCGAGCACUUACGAAAGAGCAGAAAAGAGAGAAGGUAGACAGAAAAAUCCGCGAAGACACAACAAUGGGUGUUCAUGUCGCCGUAUAUAGAAUCAACGAUCUAUUUGAGUGCGCUUCGGCCAAAUUCAAAGUGGAAGUGAACGCGCAACAAUUGCACAUGACAGGUUGUGUUGUGUUGCAUCGUGGCUGUUGUGUUGUCGUUGUUGAAGGCGGGCCCAAACAACAUGCCAAGUACAAGAGACUGAUGCUUAACCGUAUAAAAUGGGAAGAGGAGAUGAUAAAGGAGUGUGAUGGAACUGAGGUGGCGAACAGUUGCCAUUUGGUCUGGGAGGGUACCACAGCGCAUCGGGCCUUUGGGGAAAUUAAAUUUAAGGUGAUGCCAACGGAGAAGCAGGCGCGCGAAUUAUUCCAGAAGCACAAAGUCGAACACUACUGGGAUCUGGCUUACAGCGGAGCAGUGCUGGGUACAUCUGACGAACCAUAGGCCUUAGAAAUUUGACCCAAUCAUGAAUCGAAUCACAUUUCGACCACUUCUGUAAAUUAGCUUUGAGAUGGAAAUUAAAGAAAUAAUUUUU